UUGACUUCCUAAGCAUAAAGUCUGGUUACUAUUUUUUAAUUCCUAGAAUAUUAGCAUUAGUGAUAUUAAAUAAGUCUUUGGGGUCACCGCACUCCCGGCGGGCUGUGUCCUUGCACAGGAGGUCUUCAGGGUGAGCUGAAGGUUUUUACGUGCCACUUGGGUAAAACAGGAAACGCUCAAGCGUAUAAAAGCAGACUGUUGGUCUGUUUCUGUACAAAAAUGCCACGAAGCACCUACGUGACUUUAGCACUUUUGCUGGCUUUUUCUUCGCUGGCCUCGGCCCAGAAGAAAGUGGUUUGCUACUACGGAAGCUGGGCUAAUUACCGAACGGGCGUUGCCCAGUUCAAUGUCACCAACAUUGACCCUUUUUUGUGCACGCACGUCAUCUACGCUUUUAUCGGCGCCAAUACUAAUGGCACUGUGAAGAUUCUCGAUUCAUGGAACGAUGUCUCACUAAACGGAUUUAAGGAUUUCAACAAUUUGCGAUUGAAAAAUGCAAAUUUGAAGACCAUGGUUGCGCUCGGAGGGUGGAGCGAAGGGUCUGCAACUUACUCGACCAUUUGCAAUAACGUCGCCCUACGUACAGCUUUCGUGACCAAUUUGUACAACUUUUUGGUCAAAUGGGGAUUCAACGGGCUUGAUAUCGACUGGGAAUAUCCGGCGCAAAGAGGUGGAAUUGCCGCCGAUAAAGCAAAUUUUGCGUCUCUUAUCAAAGAACUGAGGGCGAAGUUCACGCCGGCCAAUCUGCUUUUGAGCGCCGCUUUUUCGGCCGACAUCAACAGUUACGGCACUUCAUAUGAUGUGCCAACCCUCGCAACAAAUCUGGAUUUCAUAAAUUUGAUGACGUACGACUUUCACUCCUAUGGGGAUGGAAAGAGCGGAGAGAAUUCGCCUCUGUACGCCGCUUCAAUUGAUACUGACAAGACUAUGAAUUCAGACGCUACGGUCCAGUACUGGAUAAAGCAGGGCGUGGACAAGAUGAAAAUCGUGCUCGGAGUGCCCCUUUACGGCCGAUCGUUUACUCUGAAAAGCGCGACCUCGAACGGUUUGGGAGCCGUGACUGUCGGUGCUGGCGCGUUAGGACCUUGGUCGCAGGAAGCGGGCCUUUUAAUGUUCUCUGAGAUCUGCAUGUACCAGAAAAACCAAACCGGAUGGACCGUCCAGUGGAACGCCGCCCAACAAGUGCCCUACGCGUACAGAAGCACCCUUUGGGUUGGCUACGAGAAUAAACAAUCGGUCGAAGUGAAGGGCAAAUACGCAAAGGACAACGGUCUCGGCGGAGUCAUGGUCUGGGCUAUUGAUUAUGAAGAUUUUCGCAACUUUUGUGGCGGAGGAAAAUUCCCUCUCAUUUCGGCUCUGAAGGCGAAUUUCACUGCUUGAUUCGAAAUAAUUUUAUUUCGUUUGGAUGACACAACUUUUUAUUGCAAUUGACUAUUCUGAUUUAGGUUCGAAAGAACAGUAAAAUGUUUUGACAGUAAGAGAAAAAAAGAUUUCGCAGAUGUGUGUAUUGUUUGAAAAAAUUUUGUAUGUAGAAAAUAACAUGAUAAAUAAAAUUUUGAGCAUUGAAA